AUGUUCAGAUGGAGCCAUGAGGACCGUCCCACCAUGCUGCGACAGACGCUGACCAAGACACGGAGGCUGGGCAUGCGGGGGCCGGCCUACAUGUUCAGCGCCCGCUCAGUCAGCCUAUCCCUGACCGAGGAGCGCUUCCUGGACGCGGCGGAGUACGGCAACAUCCCCGUGGUCCGCAAGAUGCUGGAGGAACUUCCUGAACUCAACGUCAACUGUGUGGACUACAUGGGCCAGAAUGCAUUGCAGCUGGCGGUGGCCAAUGAGCAUCUAGAGGUUACGGAGCUGUUACUGAAUAAGGAUAAUCUGGCCAGGAUAGGGGAUGCUCUACUGUUGGCUAUCAGUAAAGGAUACAUCAGGAUAGUGGAGGCCAUAUUGAGUCACAGGGCCUUCACAGACACACAGAGGCUCGUCAACAGUCCUGGCCAGGCAGAGACUCAAGACGACUUCUUCUCCUAUGACGAGGAUGGUACACGGUUCUCUCAUGACAUCACCCCGAUCAUCCUGGCCUCUCACUGCCAUGAGUACGAGAUAGUGCACAUCCUCCUGAGGAAGGACGCCCGCAUCGAGCGGCCGCACCACUACUUCUGUAAGUGUGGCACCUGCAGCUACCACCAGAAGCAUGACUCGUUCAGCCACUCUCGGUCCCGUAUCAAUGCCUAUAAAGGCCUGGCCAGCCCGGCCUACAUGUCUCUCUCUAGCAAAGACCCCGUGAUGGUUGCCCUGGAGCUGAGCAACGAGCUGGCUGUCCUGGCUAACAUCGAGAAGGAGUUUAAGAAAGAUUACACGAAACUGUCCGUGCAAUGUAAAGACUUUGUGGUAGGACUGCUGGACCUGUGUCGUAACACAGAGGAGGUGGAGGCCAUCUUGAAUGGGGACAUUGAAGCCAGUGAAAACUAUGAGCCUCUUGGAAGACCAAACUUUAUAAGGCUAAAGCACGCAAUAAAAUAUGAACUGAAGGAGUUCAUAGCCCAUCCAAACUGUCAGCAGCAGCUCAUGUCUAUCUGGUACCAGAAUCUGUCUGGACUGAGACAGCAGACCAACGCUGCCAAGUUUCUGGUAGUUCUGGGUGUAGCCGUUGGACUGCCUGUCAUGGCUCUGCUCUACUGGGUAGCACCAUCUAGCAAGUUGGGGAAGAUAAUGCGUGGUCCCUUCCUGAAGUUUGUGGCCCAUGCAGCUUCCUUCACCAUCUUCCUGGGCCUGCUGGUGAUGAAUGCAGCGGACCGCUUCCAGGGUACCACCCUGCUCCCUAACAUGACAGUACAGGACCACCCCUCUCAGCUGUUCAGGAUGAAGACCACCCCCUUCACCUGGAUGGAGAUACUCAUCAUAUCCUGGGUCAUAGGGAUGGUCUGGGCUGAGUGUAAGCAGCUGUGGUCCAAGGGAGCUCGGGAAUAUCUGUUGGAGACAUGGAAUCUUCUAGACUUUGGAAUGCUGGGCCUUUUCGUGACGUCCUUCAUCACUAAAUUAAUGGCAUUCUGGCAUGCGUAUGCAGCACAGAGCUACGUCGACAAGCACUAUACCGACCUGUCCAACAUUACCCUGUCCCCGGAGAUAGAGUACUACAGACUGGCCCGUAAUAACUGGGUUCCAUCGGACCCCCAGAUCAUCUCAGAGGGUUUGUAUUCCAUCGCUGUGGUCCUGAGCUUCUCUCGCAUCGCGUACAUCCUCCCAGCUAAUGAGAGUUUCGGACCCCUGCAGAUAUCUCUGGGACGGACGGUGAAAGACAUCUUUAAGUUCAUGGUGAUCUUCAUCAUGGUUUUUGUGGCCUUCAUGUUUGGAAUGUUCAAUCUCUACUCAUACUACCUGGGAGCCAAGCAGAAUAACGCCUUCACCACGGUUGAGGAAAGCUUCAAGACGUUAUUCUGGGCCAUAUUUGGCCUGUCUGAAGUCAAGUCAGUGAAGAUCAACAAUGGCCAUAAGUUCAUAGAGAAUAUAGGCUAUAUCCUGUAUGGGGUUUAUAAUGUCACCAUGGUGAUCGUCCUGCUCAACAUGCUCAUUGCCAUGAUCAAUAACUCCUUCCAGGAAAUAGAGAAUGACGCUGAUGUAGAGUGGAAGUUUGCCCGGGCUAAGCUAUGGUUCUCCUACUUUGAGGAGGGGGGGACAUUACCUGUCCCCUUUAACCUGGUUCCCAGUCCCAAGUCCAUCAUCGCCCUGGUUCUGGGGCUCAGAGACCUCAUCCUGAAGCCUCUCAACAGACACAAGAGCUGUCGCAAGGAGGAUACAGAGCUCAAUAAGUUGGAUCAUCAUAAGGAUUCAGCUGUUGGAGGUCCGCCUUGUCCAAGUCGGCACCAGAAGAUAAUGAAACGCCUCAUCAAGAGAUAUGUGAUAAAAGCACAGCUCAACAGAGACAGUGACGAAGUGAAUGAAGGAGAGCUGAAGGAGAUUAAGCAUGACAUCUCUAGUUUACGCUACGAACUCCUGGAGGAGAGGAACCACAAUAUGGAGGAGUUGGCUGAGCUGAUCCGGAGACUGGGAGAGAGGACCCCUGCCAAACACAGGCACCACAGCCAUAUAAACUGA